AUGGCUGGACCAGGUGCUAGGAAGAGUAAUGCUUCAAACACUCCACAGGACAAAAAGAUGAAGGGCGAUUCUAUUCAGGAUCAAAAAAAUAAACAAUACAAUAGCGGUGAUGUUGUAGAACCGUUUGUUUCCGAUGCUAUGGCGAAAAACUCCAAGCAAUUAUUAUAUGCUCAUAUUUAUAACUACCUAGUGCAUAACCAACACCACGAUACUGCAAAAAAGUUUUUACAAGAGGCAAAUGUACCACUGUCAAAAGCCGUGCCACAACACUCGCUAAACGGUGAUAAAUUAUUAAACUCAAAAAUGUUAAUGAAUUCUCCGGAUACUUUUUUGUUCGAAUGGUGGCAAUCACUUUGGGCGUUGAACCAGUACGUUGAAACAACACCAAUUGAAAAUUUAACCAGUUUGAAACCAUUUAAUGAUAGAAUUGUUCCAAUAUUGCCACAAGUUCCACCUCAGGAAAUGUUGUCUCGUGUCGUGCGAACUGGCCCUAUUGCUCCAGCAAUGGGCUUCGCCGGCAACAUUGUCCCUCAACAACAACAGCAACAACAACAACAACAACAACAACAACUGCAGCAGCAGCAGCAGCAGCAGCAGCAUUUCAGAACAAUGACUUCACCCGGUAGUGGAAACACUCCUUAUGCAACCAACGCGAAUUCCUUCCCAGCAGGAGUGAGAGUACCACAGCCACAGGGCUCAUUUCAACCCGUUCUAGGAACCACUCCGAAUGCUGGUACAAACGCUGGACUUGGUGUGAAUCCCUAUCAUGCAGCGACCUUGGGAAGUUCUAAAUCUACUCCAAAACCUCAGAAUACUUCGGUCGGAAGCAAAAAUAAACAAACCAAGAAGAGUUCAGCAACUAAUAAAGAUUCUGGCGCCAAUACUAAACCACGAGCUAAUGGGGAAUCAAAGCAGUUCAAAGGUGUUAAUUCCUCGUCAAAGGUGAAGAAACCAAGCCCGUCCGGAUCACAACAAGUUCAAGCUAACUGGACCAAACUACAGCAGAAGCAACAGCAACAGCAACAGCAACAGCAACAGCAACAGCAACAGCAACAGCAACAGCAACAGCAACAGCAACAGCAUCAGCAACAGCAACAGCACCAGCAACAGCAACAGCACCAGCAACAGCAACAGCACCAGCAACAGCAACAGCAAAUUCGAAUGCAAUAUCAAAAAAUGAUGACUUUAAUGCAACACCAACAAAAUCAACAAAAUCAACAGCAUCAUCAGUUGGGUAACCAAAACAUACUUCCAGGACAAGGGGAUCCAUCAGAUAAUUCAAGUCCGUCCCAGCAAUAUCUACAACAACAGAGAGCUUAUGAGAACAUGGUAAAAUCACAACAGCAAGACCAACCAAUGAACAAAGAUCAUUUUGCCAUGUCACUCCAAACACAACAGCCUCAAAGUUUUGAUUCAUAUGCUAUGCCAGCCACUAUGGGUCCACAAGCAUCUUCUCAGCCUUUAGACAAUAAUAAAAAAUCAGAACCUCUCUCAAAAAUAGAUGUUACUAACAAUCAAGAUUUCAAUACAUUCUCUGGUGGUUCAAAUAACAAAUUGAAUUUUGGUCAGUUUGAUAUGUCAGGCUUGGGUAAUGAAUUCAUGGGAGGGCGGAAGCAGUAA